GCUCCAUCGAUCAAGUUCGCGGACGUUUCAGGCAUGCAUUUUGUGGCAUUUCUUCUGUUUAUAGCCAUCCAAACUGUACCAACAAUAAGUCAGCCCUCAAAUGUUACCUUCGGUAUAGACGAAGUGUCCGUUCUGAAUCGCGAAUUUGUAGAUUAUCUACUAGUUUUUGAAGGAUCACAGGACGACAAUCCAGAGGAUCAACGAUGUGGAAUAUCUCUAAAGAGACUGGCGGAAGCCUACACGAAGCGAGAAAAACACGGAUUGGAGUGGUACGAUUCGUGGGGCAAGCUUCCCUCUGGACUAUACUUCGGCAACGGGUUUGCGAUCGGUAACUUUGAACAGUGUCGCCGGUUCCGCUGGGAGGAUGUCCAGGGACAACACUGCACUUUUGUGGCGAAAUUGCCAGGCGAAGAGUUACCGGUUUUUCUAUCUGGACUGUGCUUGCCCCAGUUCUGUAGAGCGAAGUUUGUACUGCAACUGUAUGGGGAUUACUUGGAAUCGAAGGGAGUCGCGAUUUUGCCGGUGCUGGACAUGUGCUACCAAGACCGGACCGUGGAGUUUGAUGGAGUGAUCAUAACAGCAAUGUGA